ACGUCGUGCCGCGUGCGGCAGCUUGUGGCGUCAGCGCGCCCGCUGACCGUGUCCAUGGAGAGCCGCUGAGCUGCAGCGGGACCUCCCUGAGAAGGGAAAGGGAGGGGAGGAGGAGGCGGAGGAGGCGAAGGAGGGAAAGAUGUCUGCUUCAUUGGUGCGAGCCACAGUCCGGGCGGUGAGCAAGAGGAAGCUGCAGCCCACCCGGGCAGCCCUGACCCUGACACCAGCAGCUGUGAAUAAGAUAAAACAGCUUCUUAAAGAUAAACCUGAAAAUGUAGGUCUGAAAGUUGGUGUCCGAACCAGAGGCUGUAAUGGACUUUCUUAUACUUUAGAAUAUACCAAGACAAAAGGAGAGUCUGAUGAAGAAGUUGUUCAGGAUGGAAUUAGAGUGUUCAUCGAAAAGAAAGCACAACUAACACUUUUAGGAACAGAAAUGGACUAUGUAGAAGACAAAUUGUCCAGUGAAUUUGUUUUCAAUAACCCAAACAUCAAAGGAACUUGUGGCUGUGGAGAAAGCUUUAACAUUUGAAAACUCAGGACUACUUUGUCAUUAAAUACCAAGAAUGCUCGUUUUCAACGAUGUGGCUUUCUAAAGAAAUCAUGUUUCAGGUUCUGGGCCUUGUAAUGUAUGGCUGCCUUAUGAGGAAAAUAAAGUUAAUGCAUUUUGAAAAUAAAACCAUUGUGUUAAAUUCCAGAAAAAAAGUGGUCUUUGCACCAUCUUUUAGGUGACAGAUUGAAUUCUAGAAAAUUUCUGAGGAGCACUUUUCUAUUCUGUAAAGAAAAAAAAUUCUUAUUCUGAGUUUAAAUCUCCAUUUGUUUUUUCUCUUAGAACAAAGUUUCAUUGUCUUUGUCUUAUUGCUUAGAUCAGUCUUACAUUUCACAUAGUUGUGCAUGUAGUGGAUAUUUGAUAAGCAGGCAUAAUUGUGAAAUGUUUUCAUUAUUUCUGCAUUUUAAUCCUUGAUUUUGGGCUCUCAAAAUUUAGAGGCAGAAAAAUCUGACUCCUGGUGGCAAAGGACUUUGGAGAUCUUUCACCUAACCAAAUUUGUCAGAGUCUUUUAAAAUGUUUAUCAAAAUUUUCAUCAUCAGGAGACCUUAACUUGUAACAGUCAUGGUCACUCUGUGUAGAUAAGAAUUUUUAGGAACACUGCAAAGAAUUCUAGGUGACAAUGCUUUCUAAAAGUAAAAAUCUAAGGUCUCUACAUUUUAACUCCUUGUUUCUUUUAUUCUGUUUGUAUUGCUAAAGCAUGAGUCCUAAGCUCAUUUAGAAUUUUAAGACUUCAAUGGAAUCUCAUAGGUCACCUAAUCCAGCCCGCAAAAGGCCUGAUAAAGUAGGGUGACCUCCCCAGGAUCAUGGCCUUGAGAUCAUGGAACUAGCUAACGGCAAAGUCAGGACCUGAAGUUUCUUAACUCAAAAGUGGGUUUUUUACUUUGUCACAAUGCCUCUUUAAAGAUCUAUGUCACACAAAUUGUCUGUGAGUUUGUUCUUAAGCAGUAGAGGGAAGUAAGGAUCUGUUUGUCUUGAUUGUAAAAAGAACAAAGUGACCUUUUUAGCUGUUUGGUAUGUUAACUGAAUUCCUUAGUCCUUCAGUUCAUUAGAGUGCUGUAUUUUCCUCAAGUGACAGAAUUUGGUGAGAAAGCUGUUUUAAUUGCAUUUUUUCUUUCUAUCUGUAGAACCACAAUUCAAAAAGUCGAGGGUGAACAAUGGAGCAGUCUGAACAUUCUUUUUUUUUUAAAUAGUAUAAUUAUAGCUGUUGUGCUUCCUUUCAGUAGAAUAUGGCUGUAUUUUCUAAAGUUUGAAAUUUCAUUUCUGAAUCCUAAUUUGUGUUGCUGGGAAAUUAAAGGAAUAGCCUUUUUAAAAAAAUGAACGUAAAUUAAUAUUCUUCCCCACAGUUUUCUCUGACAGUGUUCAUUUUAUAUCCUAGUUCUUGAUUCUGUAGGUUUUGACACAUUGAAAGCUUUGUUUUGUGUAAUAAUAUCUAUGCUUCAUGUUUGAAAGUUAACACUGUCAAAAAUGAAGUAGAGUUUUUGAGUUCCUUUAAAUAUGAUUGUCAUGUUCAUAUCCUGCUCACUUGCAUCCUGUUCAUAGGAACCUGACGCACAACACGCACAAAACUUUGAAAAGUAAUAUUAUGUAAGUGCUAGUAACAACUUGUGUAAUUAAUAUUGUUUUGUUCAUCCAUUUAUAAUUUGUGCAAUAAUGUGUGUAGAAGUCUUUGUUGCCAAUAAAAUUGUAUCAUCUGUAUAA